UCAGAGAGCAGGAAGGAAGCCGAGCUGCUCUCACUUCGUGUUCUGUGGGGUGGCUGCAAAUCUGACCUCAUUAACUCAGGAGCGCUCAGAGGGACCCGAAAAUGACCGCCCAAACUCCCCCUGAGCCCCCCAAAUGCUGCUGCUUCAACAUCAAGACAGCAACAGUGGCCCUGGGGAUCUUCCACAUGGUCAUGAGUGUCCUGCUGCUGAUCGAGUAUUCCCUGGAGGUGGCCAACGGAAAGGGCUUCUGCAAAGACCAGGACAAGGAUUACUACAGAAUUGCUGAUAUCACCACCAGUUUCCUGCUGAUCCUCAUGUUGUUUGUCAUCAGCUUCCACCUCCUGCUCGGGGUGCUCAAGAAGAGGGAGCGGCUCCUGAUCCCCUUCCUGGCUCUGCAAGUCAUCGAUUUCCUCCUCAGCCUCCUGACCAUGUUCAGCUCCUACAUCCAGGUGCCAGUGAUCAUCUCCGUGUCCUCCCUGGGCCACACGCAGGGCCACUCCAGGACUCCCCUGCUGGCGCUGCAGCUGCUGGAUUUCUGCCUGAGCAUCCUCACCCUGUGCAGCUCCUACAUGGAGGUGCCCACCUACCUCAGCCUCAAGCCUGUGGACAGUGGGGGCUCUUUGCCAGCCCUGGAGAAGCUGCCAGCAGAGGAAUAUGCCAAAGUGAUGAUCACCUUCACCGUCGCCUUCGUGGCUGUGCUCAUCCUCAAGGCCUACAUGUUCAAGUGUGUCCUGAGCUGCUUUAAAUUCAUCAGAGCCAGCAGGAGGGAGGAGGUGAAAGUGGAGCCACACACAGUGGAAAAGGCCAUGCUGCCGUCCUAUGAGGAAGCCCUGAAAUUGCCUUCCAAGGAUGGUCCCCCUCCCUACGUGGCCAUCUGAGCCCAGCCCGGGGAGAGCUGACCCUGGGUGCUACUGGUGCCUCCCCAGCAGAGCCCCAGUCCCCACCCAGAGCAGUUCCCAGCCUUUUCCAGCCACAUCUGCCAGGGAUCUGCUGGAGUCUUGUUCCUCCCCGGCACCCCAAAUUCCUGACCCUAGCACCUCAAAUUCCUGGUUCUGACACCUCCAUUUCCUGACUCUGGCACCCCAAGUUCCUGACCCUGGCACCUCGAUUUCCUGGUUCUGCUACCUCCAUUUCCUGACUCUGGCACCCCAAGUUCCUGACUCUGGCACCCCAAUUUCCUGACUCUGGCUCUGUUUGCCCUCCCUGGAAUUUGGGAUUUGGCAGCUGUGGGUGCAGGGCUGGCCUGAGCCCUGCCAGCUUUGCUCUGUGCCAUGGUGGCUCUCUGGCUCAGCAGGGACACCUUGAGGAAGUGGGAUUAAAGGAUUGUCCUGGUUGAGGGCAACUUGGGAGAGAAACUUCUAAAGGGGUUUCUUCUAGAAAAACAAAUUCAAGUGGUUCCUCCCCUAACUGGUUCAGGGAAAAGAUUUCCUUGGAGAAAAGUGAAAAAAACCCUAUUUAUUUAAUAGGCAAAGCAUUCAUCAGCACAAAAAAGGAACAAUAUUAAACAAUAAAACUUCUUGCUGCUCCAAAAGAGAUGACAAAUUCAAAAAAUCCCCUCUGUGGGCUGUAGCUUGGCUCACUCAGUGUCUUAUCAGUCCCUCUGGACAAAAUGGGAAAUGGAAAUGUUCCAUGGAAAUGGAAAAUGUUCCAUGGGACAUGGAAAUCCCAUGUCAAGCUACCACAGGGAUGAACAGGGAAGGAAUUUUCUCUGGGAUAACCCAGCCCUGCAGGCUCCACCAGCCAGAAUUCCUACAGCAAAGGGAUCAGCCAAAAAUCCCCCAGGAAUUUCAGCCCUCACCCUGUCUGCUUGUGGUGAUUGACACAACCCAGAAUAUCCAGGUCUGCUGUUUCACACCUGAGUGAGUGCAUUUUUCUGUUCUUUUAUGUCACUUGGAAGACGAGUUUCGAUUAAAAUAAAAAUGUUAAUGGCUUCCAAA